AUGCUGGUUCUCUUUGAGACCCCAGCCGGCUACUCGCUCUUCAAGCUCCUCGACGAGAAGAAGAUCAAGAAUGUGGACAACAUCUGGGACGAGUUCAGCACGGCUUCAAAGGCACAGGACAAUCUGCAACUGAUGGCCUUCAAGAAGUUCAAGACCACCACCGAAGCCACCGAAUCGAUCGCCAGCCUGCAGGACGGCAAGCUCAGCAAGACGCUGAAGAAGUUCAUCAAGUCGAAGUGCGACGGAAGUGAGAAGUUGGCUGUCGCGGACGCCAAACUGGGAAACCUGCUCAAGGAGUCGCUCGAGAUUCCGUGCGUGCACAACAGCGCCAUCUCGGAGCUGCUGCGCGGGAUCCGUGCCCACAGCGACUCGCUGCUCGGCGAGCACAAGGCCGAACUGGCCGCGAUGAACCUGGCCGUGUCCCAUUCGCUCGGACGGUACAAGGUCAAGUUCAACCCGGAGAAGAUUGACACCAUGAUCGUCCAGGCCGUCUCGCUGCUCGACGAUCUUGACAAGGAGCUGAACAACUACGUGAUGCGGUGCCGCGAGUGGUACGGAUGGCAUUUCCCCGAGCUCGGAAAGAUCCUCCCCGACCACCAGGCUUUUGCCAAGGUUGUGAAAGCCAUCGGAAUGCGCCAGAAGGCCAUCGACACUGAUCUCUCGUCUAUUUUGCCCGAGGAGCUGGAGGCCCGCGUCAAGGAGGAGGCCGAGAUCAGCAUGGGCACGGACAUCUCCGACAUUGAUCUGCUGCACAUCAGCCAACUCUGCGACCAAGUCAUCGAACUCACCGAAUACCGGACGCAGCUGUUCGACUACUUGAAGAACCGAAUGGCGGCACUGGCCCCGAAUCUGACGGCUCUGCUCGGCGAGCUCGUCGGUGCCCGACUGAUCUCACACGCCGGCUCGCUCGUCUCCCUCGCCAAGUACCCGGCAUCAACAGUACAAAUCCUCGGCGCCGAGAAGGCCCUCUUCCGCGCGCUGAAGACGAAGAAGGACACGCCAAAGUACGGCCUCCUCUACCACGCACAGCUCAUCUCCCAGGCCCCGGCCAAGUGCAAGGGAAAGAUGGCCAGAAAAUUGGCUGGCAAGGUCUCGCUUUCCUCCAGGAUUGACGCGCUGGCCGACGACCAGAAGGGCGCUGAAAUCGGUAUCGAGAGCCGUGCCCUUCUUGAGAGCGUUCUACGCAGCGAACAGGAACGGGGACCCAAGCGCGUCAGCAACUCGGCGCACAAGCACGAGAAGUAUCAUUUCAAGAGUGAAACAUACGGGUACGACGAGUCGGCCGACAACACGGCGAAGAACCAGAAGCGGAAGUUUGAAGAAGAGGAUGAGAAGCCAGCGAAGAAGCCAAAGGUGGAAGUUGUGGAGGAGAACGAGGACGCCGAGAUGGAAGAUGUAUCGGAGAAGAAGAAGAAAAAGAAGGAUAAGAAGAAAUCGAAGGUGGAAGAAGAGGAAGAGGAGGAAGAA